GGCGAGGGGAAUUUGUUUCUCGGACGGCUAUCAUAAACCCUAACUAAAUCCGAUGAAGAUAAAAUGUGGACGUUUGAUUGCCGGCGGAGAGCGGCUGCUCCGGCAGAUGUGUACGGCGGCAACGAAGCUAGCGGAACCGGAGGCCGAGCGUUCGGCAAAGAAAGUUAGCCUUUAUCGAAAGUUGUCGGCGCUGGAUAUGACAGGAAGGACCGUUUCGCAGACGUUAAACCAGUGUAUUAUGGAGGGCAAAGUCCUCAGGAAAGACGAACUCCAACGUUGCGUUAAAGAGCUUCGAAAGUAUCGUAAAUAUCGUCAUGCACUCGAGAUAAUGGAAUGGAUGGAAUAUAGGGGAAUCACCUUCUCUACAACAGACUUUUCACUAUAUUUAGAUCUAUUGUCUUUAACCAAAGGGGUAGCAGCUGCUGAGAGCUACUUCAGUGGUCUUCCUCCUCGAUCUAAGAGCAGAUUUACGUAUGGAACUCUUUUGAAUUGCUAUUGCAGAGGCUUACUGGAGGACAAGGCACUGGCUCUUUUUGAAAAUAUGGAUGAACUCAAUUUUGUCACUAGCGAUCUACCCUUCAGUAAUCUCAUGUGUUUAUAUAUGAGACUGGGCAAACCUGAGAAGGUGCCUCCCCUGAUAGAUACCAUGAAGCAGAGGAAAAUUUCAAUGACUGCUCCUGCAUAUCAUAUCUGGAUGAAUAGCUAUGCCUCCUUAAAUGAUAUUGAAGGAGCAGAAAGAGUCUUUGAGGAGAUGAAAAAGGAAGAUGCAGACAAAAUCAACUGGCUGACUCAUAGCAACCUUGCUGCUAUCUAUGUAAAGGCUAAACAUUUUGAUAAAGCUGAAUCUGCGCUUAAGAUGGUAGAAAAGAUAGCAAGACCGAAGGAGCGUGAAGCUUACCAUUUCCUACUAAGUCUUUAUGCAGGGAUUGGUAAUCAAGGUGAAGUUUACAGGGUAUGGAAUUACCUCAAAUCUGUCCCUCCAGUGACUAACAUGAGCUAUCUUACUAUGCUUCAAUCCCUUCGCAGGCUUAAUGAUAUUGAAGGUUUAGCAAAGUGCUUUGAGGAGUGGAAAUCAAAUUGUAUCUCUUAUGAUAUGAGAUUAGCGGGUGCUGUUAUCAGUGCCUACUUGAGCCAGGACCUAUGUGAAGAAGCCUUAUCGGUGUUUGAAGAGGCCAUCAAAAGGAGAGAGGGCAAAGGACCUUUCGCGAAGACUCAUGAAACCUUCAUACUCUUCUACUUGGGGAAACAUAAGGAAGAACUUGCAAUGCAUCACCUAGAGGCAGCUCUUUCAGAAGCCAAGGACUAUGAUGGAUGGAGUCCUUCACUGGAAGUUAUCCUUGCAUUUCUGAAGUUUUACGAAGAGAAGAAAAUUGAUGGGGUUGAGAAGCUUCGCCAGAUUUUCAAGAAUUGCAAUUUCGAUGAUCAUUGCCUGAGAAAUUAUACAAAUGCUGACAAAUCAGCUCUGGGAGACUGGAACUCAUCAAAUAUUGAAGGAAGAGGCUGAAAUAAGCCCGGGACUCGUGGACUUGCCAGCUGAUGUUCGCUCUGUGUACAAGUGUCAUCACACAUGUUUUGGCUCUACUUCUUCACCUAGUAAUAAAUUGACUGAAUUGCCGAACUCGAUCAUGAUGCGGAUGAAUUAGUCAAUGCUUCAAUUCUGAUUUAGGGAAGAAAAAAAAAAGGUCCGCCGAAGUAGUGUGCGAAAAAUCAGCUGAAGGCACCGCUGGAGAUAGUUCGAGUAGCAAAGAUGAGAUGAAGCUUGGCUAAUGAUUUUAAGUACAAGCCUUCUGAAUGUUUUUUUUUGUUUAAAAAAGAAAAGGAAAACUGAAGGCUCAACGUUGAUUUUCAUUUGUUUUUGAUUGUGUAAAUUAAUCUUGAAAAUUUCAAGGCUUGUAUUCUUGUUGCAAUGCUUGACCAUUUUUAAUAUAUGAACGUUUGUUUUA